AUGUAUGGUAUGAAUAUCGCCGAAGGGGGACACGGGCGCGAUGCAAAAGAGUUUCGCGUCGGGCGGCGAUUCUUUGACGGGGCGGGGGCGCGGGGCGAGGGGGCGGCGCGGCGGGCCAGUCAGUGCCGCGCCGCGCCCGGCCGCGCUCCCCUCACGCGCGCCUUACGUAACCAUGGCCGGGCCCACGAGCUGAUGGGUAGCCUCCUCUGGCUGCUGGCCGCCUGGUGGCUGGUGCGCGCCGCCGCCGCCGGCAACCCCGACGCCAAGCGGCUGUACGACGACCUCCUCUCGAACUACAACAAGCUGGUGCGGCCCGUCGUCAACACCACCGACGUGCUGCGCGUCUGCAUCAAGCUCAAGCUCAGCCAGCUCAUCGACGUCAACCUGAAGAAUCAGAUCAUGACGACAAACCUGUGGGUGGAGCAGUCGUGGUACGACUACAAGCUGAGAUGGGACCCGCGCGAGUAUGGCGGCGUGCACAUGCUCCACGUGCCUUCUGACCACAUAUGGAGACCCGACAUCGUGCUCUACAACAAUGCCGACGGCAACUUCGAGGUAACGUUGGCGACCAAGGCGACCAUCUACCACCAGGGAUUGGUCGAAUGGAAACCUCCCGCCAUUUACAAGUCCUCCUGCGAAAUUGACGUGGAAUAUUUUCCGUUCGACGAGCAAACCGCCGACGGCAACUACGAGGUGACGCUGAUGACGAAGGCGACCGUCUACUACAACGGAAUGGUGGUGUGGCAGCCGCCUGCCGUCUAUAAGUCCUCCUGCUCGAUCGACGUCGAGUUCUUUCCUUACGACGUGCAAACCUGUGUGCUUAAGUUAGGCAGCUGGACAUAUGAUGGCUUCAAGGUGGACCUGAGGCAUAUGGACGAGCAGGCCGGCAGCAACGUGGUAUCGGUGGGUGUAGACCUCUCGGAAUUCUACAUGUCCGUGGAGUGGGACAUACUGGAAGUACCCGCAGUCAGGAACGAGAAAUUCUACACGUGCUGUGAUGAACCCUAUUUGGAUAUAACAUUCAACAUCACGAUGCGAAGAAAAACACUAUUCUACACGGUCAAUAUCAUCAUACCAUGCAUGGGGAUUUCGUUCCUUACGGUUCUCACGUUUUACUUGCCUUCGGACAGUGGCGAAAAGGUGACGCUGUCAAUUUCUAUCUUGAUCAGUCUCCACGUAUUCUUUUUACUGGUUGUGGAAAUCAUUCCCCCUACUUCGUUGGUUGUGCCGCUGUUAGGAAAAUACCUCAUAUUCGCUAUGAUACUUGUGUCCAUUAGUAUAUGUGUUACGGUGGUGGUGCUGAACGUUCACUUCCGGUCGCCGCAAACGCACCGGAUGGCUCCGUGGGUGAAGAGGGUCUUCAUACACAUUCUGCCGCGGUUGCUCUUCAUGAAACGGCCGCAGUACAAAUUCGACACCAACAGAUCACGUUACACGGCAUGUGGAGUAGUGGUGAGAUGUGGUGGGGCGGCUCGACCCCUUUACCCGUACAGACUGGCGGCAGCUGAUGAUGACUGCUGCGCGCCUGGAGCUUGGCCACCACCAGUGGUACCCCCCCGGCCUCUAACACGCACUCCAAGCAAGGAAGACUUGACACAUACGACAUAUGUUAACUCUGGUAUGGGAGACAGCAGCCGAUUCGGCGGUAGCUGCGUGGUGCAUGGAUCGAGUGAGGGUGGCGCUUUGGGAACUGGUUCCGAAGAGGAGGCGCUCAGUCCAGUGCCAGACCCACCACCUGGUUUCAGUCACUCAACCUGCCCGCCAGAGAUGCAUAAGACUUGUUUCUGCGUGCGUUUUAUAGCAGAGCACACCAAGAUGCUCGAAGACUCUACAAAGGUGAAGGAGGAUUGGAAGUAUGUAGCGAUGGUGCUCGAUCGGUUGUUUCUCUGGAUAUUCACGCUGGCGGUCCUCGUGGGCACGGCCGGGAUCAUACUACAGGCGCCGACGCUGUACGACGAUCGAGUGCCUAUAGACAAACAUUUCAACCAGAUCGCAACGUCAACCCUGGUGCGGUGUCCGCCGCCGAAC